GUUUCAGUAAUCAUGCCCACCUUUCCCUUCUCUUUCUCUCACCGAUUCUCGCCGGAACUUACUGUUUCUCUGCAAAUCCACCUCCCAAGCACAUCACUUGGUGCUUCUAUUCCAUUGCAUUACCACUUAUGAAUCUCUCUCCCUUCAUCUUCUUCUCGCUUCUGUUCCAUUAUGGCUCUUCUGAGCCUAUUAUUCAUCUUGGUUACCAGCUUUCGUUGGCAGUUCCGGCGGAAUAUCAUGUGGGUUUCACAGGGAAAGCAUAUAUUAUACAGACAAAUCAGACCGCACCAAAUUUCAGAUUAGCCUUAGGGGUUGAAGCCAUUGAUGGGAAAUAUUCAUGCUCGUUACAAGUUUUUCUGGGAGAUGUCAAAGUGUGGGAUUCUGGUCACUACUCAAGGUUUUAUACAACUGAGAAAUGCUUGCUAGAGCUUACCCAGGAUGGAGAUUUAAGGUUGAAAGGUCCAAAAGACCAAGUGGGAUGGAAGACUGGGACUUCAGGGCAAGAUGUGGAGAGAUUAAAGAUACUGAGGACGGGAAACCUAGUUCUUAUGGAUUCAUUGAACAAAACAAAGUGGCAGAGUUUCAAUUUUCCAACGGAUGUAAUGCUUUGGGGGCAGAGACUUAAUGUGGCAACACGCUUGACGUCUUCACAAGACAACUCGAGCUUUGUCUACUCUUUUGAAAUUGACUACAACAGGGUUGCUCUGUACUUGAACACUGAUAAGUUGAAGUAUUCUUACUGGGAAUUCAAGCCUUCCAUGAAUAGAAAUAUUACAUUCAUCAAGUUGGGUUCAAAGGGGCUGGAUUUAUUUGACAUCAAAUGCAAGAAAAUAGCAAGAAUCCCAUCCCCGAAGUCUCACCCAAUAAGAUUUUUGGCAUUGAAUAAUGAAACAGGAAAUUUGGGGCUCUAUUACUACUCAGAUGAAAAGGCUAAGUUUGCUGCCUUUUUCCAUGCACUAAACAGCACAUGUGAUCUUCCUAUGGCAUGCAGAUCUUAUGGAAUAUGUACAUUAUCUAAUGCCUGCUCGUGCAUUCAGCUUUCAACAAAGGAAGAUGAAGAAAGUUCUGAAUGCACUGAGGAAAUUUCUGGUGGGUUUUGUGGAGGGAAAGAGGCAGAGAUGCUUGAACUAGAGAAUGUGGGUAGCGUGCUCAAAGACGACCAUACUAAAAUGGUUAAUAUUAGCAAAGAAGCAUGUAAAAAUUUGUGCUUACAAGACUGUAAAUGUGCUUCUACUUUAUAUUUUAGGAACACAAGCAGCAAUGUGCAACAAUGCUAUCUUUACAGACUAGUCCUGGGACUCAAGCAGUUGGAGAAAGGUACAGGAUUCAGUUAUAUGGUUAAGGUUCCAAAGGGAACAGCUGAAAAUAAUGGCCAGCAUAAUUUGAAAAAAUGGGUGUUUAUACUUGUUGGAGCUAUUGAUGGACUUAUCAUUCUAAUUGUUGUUGGAGGAGUUGGGUACUGGAUGGUCCAAAAGAGAAAUCCUACCUUGCAUUCUGAGGCCGCCACUUCAUGAGCACAUGCAAUUCCAGGUUCCAUUUCUGAGUUUCUCUGUGAAAAAGGAGGAUAGAAAAAUCAUUCAAUAUACUUGUAAACACAAUUUUGGUUGAUUACCAGAAACUGACUGAAAACUAACUGAAAACUAUUGAUGAAGAAGCAAUUGUAGAGUAUUUGCGAAAAUACUCCCCCAAAAUCCCUCGUACACUUGUUUGAUUUAUAAAUGAUGGCCGCAGGCAAUGCAAAUGUGUGUUUGCCUGCUUUUGUUUUGCUUUAUA